GUGCCCAACCCCUUCUCCUCCACAAGGCUCUGGACUCAGGUAGAAGGAUAGAACCGCGACGACCUUCUCUCUUUCAGUUUUUAGAAACGCGUAAAGACUGAAGGUUGCUUGAAAUACAUGGCAGAUCCAGAUGCAUUUAAAUACAGUCCAAGGAGACGUGGUGCUUGUUUUCACUCUUUGCCAGACUUCGAGCCAAGCUUGCACCUUGACCCUCCUCGGACUCCUCAUCUGACAGAUGACGUGCCUGAUUAUGGCAGCGCUACUGAGCCGAGGAAAAAUCUACAUGCUUCCGGAGAUCAUGACCAAGGGAAAGAGGCUUUACUUCAUGAAGGUGGUGACAGACCCACAAUGGAGAGGACUUCCAUCCAAAAUCUCAGAGAUAAAUUUGAUUGUGGCGACGACGUCAUAUUGGAAGAUGAGGAAGUAGACUCAGUGGUCCUCUCUCUCCCUGGUAUGUCACCCGCUGAAAGCAUACUCUCAGAUGAAGAGCUCCUCCUGGACCCAGACAAGAGCAUUAAGACUGAAGUUUGGCAAAAUGACUGGCACAAGAAUUACAUGGCAGCAUUAAGCAGCCAGAAGUUUGACAGCCUCGUGAAGAUGUGUCCUGAUUUCUAUGGCUGUAAGAGCCACAUGGCAGCAUUUGUCUUGAUAAGAGAAGUGUUAGAUACAGGGGGUCGGCCAUGUGAGAGUUACAAGGUGGUGGCGUUGGGAGCUGGCAGCUCAAGCUGCAAAAAGUGGCUUUGCUACAAUGGGACGAUGGUGCAUGACUGCCACGCCAUCAUCAUCGCCAGACGGGCUCUCCUAAGGUUUCUCUACAAACAGCUUCUGCUGUUCUUUGAUGCUGAUCCAAAGGCCAAGGAGAACUGUAUUUUUGAGAGUAGUACAGACAGCCACCAGCUUCAGGUCAAACCCAAGAUCAGUCUGCAUCUCUACACCAAUCAGUGUCCUGAAGGAGCAGCUAAGAACUUCUGCUUCAAGGGCUCUGCGAACAGCACUUGGACAGCCAUGAAGCUGCAUUAUCAUGCCAAUGGCCGGCUGGUCCCUGUAGCCUACCUAAACCCAAGUCUCUGGGGUGCCAAAGUCUGCUGCCUGUCUGGUAAUGACAAGCUGUGUCGCUGGACUGUCACUGGCGUUCAGGGUGCAUUACUGAGCCACUUCAUCCAGCCACUCUACAUCACCAGCAUGGUGCUAGGGGGCCAGAAGCUAUUUAAUGAGGAAGUGUCCAUUACCAACAAGCAACUGGAUGAUGGAUUGGAGGACCUUCUCCCGCAGUCCUACAAAAAACACAACAUCAUCUUUCUCUCUGGCGACUACGUGGGGCCUGUUGUGACCCCCCCGCAACAUGACAAUCUCAGCAUCAACUGGUGCCUCGACGACAAGGAUAUUGAAGUGCUGAAUAGUAGCAAGGGCUUCAUCAUUGAUGGCUCUCCAUCUGUGAGUGGGCCUGGCUUCUCCAGCAGACUUUGCAAGAGAGCCCUCUACAGUUAUUUCCUCCGAGUUGCACAGCUGGGCGGGCAUAGCAAUCUGCUAGAUCUUCCCACCUACCACAGGGCAAAGGAGGAAGCCGUCGUCUACCAGACAGUCAAAGAUCUGGUCAAGCAACCGUUUCUGAGCAACCGUGCAGGUCCCGGCAAUUCAAAAAAGCUGGUGGACUGCUUUAGCACUUGAAUAUGCCCCCAGCAACAGGCCAUGUAGAAGUUCAUCCAAGUUCCUCUUGUGAUUUUGUUUACUGUUGUUCUGUGCACUUCACUUACUGCCCUUAGCAGUAAUUCUAGUUUUGUUUUAUGUAUAAUAAUGUUGAUCUCAGUUUGUGUAGGUGUUUGAGGACAAUAAAAGACACCCUACUGUUAUGCACCAGA